CCUUGUGUGCAGUGUGGCUUUAAAAUAGUUGGUCCUAAUGCUACUUAGUACAAUUUAGAGCACAGCUCGUGCAGUUCUUUGGGGUAUUUAUAAGUGUGGAAUGUUGUUUGGAGAAAACACCUCUUUGACCAGAGUGGGGCUCCGGUCGGUCGGGUACACCGGUCACACUGAAGCUUUUGAUCGUUUUCCUUCCACUUGAUCAAAUCAGCGAGCGAGAGGACUCUGCUUCCCCGAUCCCACGUGAACGGAGCGCUCGUGAGCUGAGUGACGGCGGGGUAAAGAGUUACCCGCUUCAACGGGAGGUUUAAUGCUCUGUCGGGCUGGGAAGAGUUUCUCCUUUGUGCCCCCCUUCCCAGCGAGGGACCAGCUCACUCUGCUCCACAGAGAGCUCCAACCCGACACUAAGCCCCCGACCUCAGCAGGGACGCCACCACGGCUCAAACUCUCUCCUUCCACAUUUCAGCAGGGAGGUCUUUUCCUUUUUGCGUCCUCACAAAGAAUGGGAGACUAUGACGAAGACACGGCGUUCCUCGGGCAGACCGGCCCUUAUUUCUGGACCACGUUCUUCCUCCUGAACACGGUUUUCGUCUCAACGGGAUUCAACGGCCUUUACAUCGUCUUCGUCGGGGCGGCUCCCAAACACCGCUGCCUCGUUCCCGACGUCAACCUGACGGCGGAGUGGACGGAGGCCAUCAUUCCCCUCGCCGUGGUGGGCGGCGAGGAGGUGCAGAGCCAGUGCAGCAGAUACAGGCUGGACGUGGUGAGGAACCUCUCCGCUGGAGGCUUUGCUCCUGGAAGAGACGUGAACCUCACGGACUUGGAGCAGGAGAGGUGUCUGGAUGGAUGGCACUACAGCAAAGACGUGUACCCGUCCAACAUCGUCACCGAGUGGGACCUGGUCUGUGACGACCAGUGGAAAGUUCCUUUUGCAUCCUCGACUCUCUUUGUGGGUUACCUCUUCGGCUCCCUGAUCUCAGGGCAUCUUUCUGACAGGUAUGGGAGGAAGAAGGUUGUGUUCAUCUCCCUGGCAGCCCAGUGUCUCUCCGUCCUGCUGCAGUCCUUCUCUCAGUCCUGGAGGAUGUUCUGCGUCAUGUUCCUCUUCGUCGGAGCCUCCCAGAUAUCCAUCUAUAUCUCUGCCUUUGUGCUAGGGACGGAGAUUCUGAGUAAAACCAUGCGGGUGCUCUUCACAACUCUCGGGGCCUUCCUCUUCUAUUGCAUCGGGUACAUGACGCUGCCCUGGAUCGCAUACGCAAUCCGAGACUGGCGGACUCUGCUCGCCGUCCUGUCCAUGACGGCCGUGGCGUACGUCCCCCUGUGGUGGUUCAUCCCGGAGUCUCCUCGGUGGCUCGUCACCAGGGGGCGGCUGGAGGAGGCCGAGGCCAUCGUGAGGGACGCGGCGAGGAAAAAUAAGGUCCAAGCACCACCUGUGGUCUUCAAAGUCUCCCAGGGAGUCUCUCUGAGCAAGACGUACAGCAUGCUGGAUGUCCUGAAAUCCAAGAACAUCCGGCGCAUCACUCUCAUGUGCCUCGUGUUGUGGAUGGCGAUAAACGUCGGGUAUUUCGGAUUGUCCCUGAACACGUCCAACCUGAGCGGCGACCCCUUCAUGAACUGCUUCCUGUCGGCGGCCGCGGAGGUGCCGGCCUACGUGGUUUCCACCUGGCUGCUGAGGACGUGUCCCAGGAAAGCCCUCCUGUCCUCGUUCCUCGUCAUCGGAGGAGGAGUUCUCCUCCUCAUCCAGUUCAUCCCCAACACCCUUCAGUACGUUGCUCUGGCGUUGGAAAUGACCGGAAAGUUUGGCUUCACCAUGGCCUUCAGCAUCGUGUACAUCUACACCGCCGAGCUGUACCCCACCGUCAUCAGGAACGCCGGCAUGGGGAUGUGCUCCUCGGCCGCGCGCAUCGGCAGCAUCACGGCUCCUUACGUCAUCUAUCUGGGCACUUAUAAUAAGGCUCUGCCUUAUAUUCUCAUGGGAAGUCUCACAAUCGCCUCCUCCGUGGUGAACUUCUUCCUGCCGGAGACCCUCAACAGGGACCUUCCAGAAACAGUGGAGCAGAUGCAAGAAUGUCAGUGUUGUGCAAUGGUACCAAAGAGGGUGAAUAGGUAGUGGAUGAAGAAGAAGGAGCAGAGCCAGAAAGAGAGAAACAGGCACAGUGGGAUCAAAAAGUCAUUUGAAUGAACUGGUGUUUUGUCAUUUUUAUAAAAACUCUUUAUUUUUCUACUACUCGUAGAUUAUUCAAGAUUUUUUUAUUAGAAAUGUGGCGAAUAAUAGUUUUUGAAUCUUAAAACGCGUGUAUUAAAUAAAAAUGUGUCUCUCGUAUUUGGCGCAUAAAUGUGAUUAAAAUAUGAACGUAUGAAACCUCCCAUCAAA